AUGGCUGCUUAUAUCUCGCCCACCCCGGCGGCAUUGGCUUCCACCCUCAACAAUUCUCGUCGACCGCACCGAACCACAACCCGACCCCCAACAACACGAGCUCAACCCGUACCAUCUGCCGCGCCCGCCACCAGGCAACAGUUCGAUCAGAGCAUUACGGGCGACAGCUCCGAUGAUGAAGAUCUUGCGCCCAUUAAAUUAAGUGCCGAGGCACAAGCUAUACUGGGAGAAGACAAUGAACAGCUAGGUCCUGAGAAGGAGAAUAUGGAACCAGCAGUACACAAUGCAAAGCCGUCGAGCACAAGUUCCUCCAAAGCAAGAAGAAGCAGGGGAACACCUCUCGAAACGCUCAGGUCUUCAAGCCCACCUCAACAAAGAGAUGGCAGUCCUGCGCCGCGGGUCAUUCGAGUCACCUCAGGUUCUCGCCCUAGGCAGCCUGGUAUCUUGGGCAGAGACGGGUCAUUUAUGUACAAAGUCCAUGACAGGCCGACAGCGGGCGAUCCUGCUGUACCGCAAGAUUCAGAGACUCCGGCACCGCGAGUUCGACGCAUCCGCAUUAGCGACGCCAGACGGCUAUCGAGAUCUCCAUUUAACGAAGCGGCAAAAGGGGAACAAGUCGAACAGCCACCUGAAACGUCGAAAAGGUCGGUGAGCCCGAAGUCUGGUGCAUUGCGAGGCAGCCUCGAAGAGCAAAAUGCUACGGCACCGUCGACAAUUACCAGAUCUCGGAAAGCCGACGAAAAUGGUGCCCAGAGUACAAUGCGAGUCCGGCGAAUCGGAGGAGCGUUGCUUAACAAACCUGUAAGGAGAGGCAUGAUGCGUCGUCCCAGCGAAGACGAAUAUGGACAUAUGGAACACCAAGAUCAGCUACGCCCCAUCACGCCUGAGAUGGAGACGGGUCGACGGGCGAAAGAGCCCGAUUUGCCCGAUUUACCCGACGACUUGCUUGCUCUGAGAGGCAGCCCUGAAGAGAUCAAGCCGACUCGACCCUCCCCACUGAAUACAUCCCCCAAACAGAGCUGCGGAGCCCUCUCAAGAAAUCCUUCGCCGCCAAGACCGGGAUCAGCUCAGCAAGCGGAACCUACACUUGCUGUGCGAGGUUCUCAACCUUCUUCCAAGUCAUCGAGCGCUCAAAGGAGACCUCUCUUCAAAAUUCCACCUUUGCCAGCCCUUCCUUCGUCAGAAGACCAGGAGAACGAACCGCCUCCAACUUUUCGAAGGAGCAAACCGUCGGCCGCAAUCUUGGACAUUCACGAAGAUGGUGCUGAAUUGGACCAAAGGCCGGUUGAACCUGUAUCAUCAGGGCACGCUUCUCCGUCUCGACAGCCUCUUGCUCCGCGGUCGAAUAAUACGCCUCACCGCCCGGCGCCAGCUCCACCCCCAAAGAUGUCGAUCCUAGAUACAGCGACGUCAAAUGCGGGCUCUCGCAACAAGAGGUCUGUCCACUAUGUCUUGAAUGGAAAAACAUAUCGGCGACUAGAUUGCAUAGGCCGUGGCGGCUCGUCAAGAGUCUUCCGGAUCAUGGCAGAGAAUUACAAGAUCUUCGCUCUCAAAAGGGUCAAUCUCGAGGAAGCCGACAUGGCAGCAAUUGUAGGCUACAAGGGUGAGAUUGAUUUACUGAAGAAGCUCGAAAACGUGGAUCGCGUUAUUAGACUUUACGAUUAUGAGAUCAAUGAAGAAAAGGGCGUGCUCAGCGUCAUGAUGGAGCUGGGCGAAACAGACUUCAACAAAAUGCUGAACGAGCAACUCAAGACAGAUAACGCCAAACUGGACAUCACUUUCACCAGGCACUAUUGGAAAGAAAUGCUGGAAUGUGUGCAGGCGGUGCAUGAUCACGACAUUGUUCAUUCAGACCUCAAACCGGCAAAUUUUCUCCUUGUCAAGGGUCAACUGAAACUCAUCGACUUUGGAAUCGCCAACGCCAUCCAAGGAAACACGGUCAAUGUGCACCGAGAAAAUCAAAUUGGCACGCCCAAUUACAUGUCUCCAGAAUCGCUGGUCUGUCAUACACCCGCUGCAGGAUCGCAGCAGCCUCCCGGCACGAAACUCCUCAAACUGGGUAAGCCCAGCGACGUUUGGAGCCUAGGAUGCAUCCUCUAUCAAAUGACCUACGGACAACCCCCGUUUGCACAUAUCCAAAAGCAAUUCGAACGCAUCAUGUCCAUCCCCAACCCGAAGGUCGAGAUUUCCUUUCCUCCAACAGGGAUCGGUGGGUCCGUGGUUCCCUUUGGACUCAUCAAGACCUUGAAACGUUGCCUGACACGAGAACAAUCCCUGAGACCCACCAUCAAAGAGCUCUUAUCCGAAACAGACCCUUUUUUGAACCCUGUGGCGAUUUCGCCAGAGAUGCUGGGCAGGGUUAUCGGGAACGUUGUGGGUUACUGUCGACGAAGAGAGGAGGCGAUGAAAUCGAAGGGCGAGAUUGUGUGUAAGGAGGGUGAGGACGUCAGUUGUCUGCCGAGUGAUCAGGAGAUGGUCGGUUGGCCCGGGGCGUUCUAUGAGAAACUGAGGCAGGCAAAUCUGGAGGGGACGGCGUGGUAG